AUGGCGGUCGAGGACUUGGAGAAGCUCUUGAGGGCUUUGCCGGCUGAGGGCGCCUUGCGUGGCCUGGAAGUCCUUGAGACCUUGGUGCGCAACGUGGUGCGGGCGCCGGAAGAGGAGAAGUUUAGGAGGCUCCGCACCAGCAACGAGAAGCUGGCGCCCCUCCUCAACCUCCCAGGAGCCCGUGCCGUCAUGGAAUGCAUGGGUUGGGAAGCAGCCGAUGAGUUCUUGGUUCUCCCGAUGAACGUUGAGCUGGACUUCCCGAACCACGUGUCGAAGAUCCUGGACGCCAAGUCCCACUUCCUCCUCCGUGACCAAACUGAGAAGCGUGUUGCCAAGAUUGCCCAGGCCCCCGCACAACGAGAAAGCGAGCUGGCAGAGGUCCGCGCCCUCCAGAAGCAGAAAUACCAGGACGGUGGCAGCCCCUCGGAGCCCUACGAGGAGUACCGACCCUUCGAAGAGCCGAAGCCCGACGCCUCCCUUUGCGAAGGCUGCGCUUCCUGGUGCUGCUGCUGCUCCUGGCUCGGAGGCUCCUGGACCAGCCCGGCCCGGAAGCCGAAGAUGAGGACUUUGGACGACAUCCCGCGGCAGAUGGACAUGAGCGACGUAAGCGCCGGCCUCCAGGUGGCGCGCCUCCUUGGCGGCGGCUGA